GCUGACUGUUGUCAGUUCCAAAGAAUACCGGUCUCACUAGAAAAGCUCAAUGGUUUUUUGUCCUUAAAUCCGUAACAUAGUAGGCCGUACUGAAAACCAAUAACAAAAUAAAACAAUGGGUGACAGUGAUGACUUUCAAAGAUGUUGCUGAUAAGCUUGAGUGCCUACUGGACAACAGUUCAAACUGAUGUUACUUAUUGCCCAAAUCGCUAAGAACUCACCACCAUCAACCUUUGUAUCUGGAUCUAUGCUAGGUAAUUAUGACCCAUGGUCAAAUGUAAUAUUUGACAUCCGGAUUCGUCGCUACGAAAACAUGUUUAAUGCUGAUUUUAGAAGUACAUGUUUUUUGCGGUAACUCGGCACAGUAAGACUUGAAAAAUACUGCAACACUAUAUUACCUCAAUAUCCAUGCGAAAGAAUUUUCGCAGAGACCAUUACUUCACUUAGUCAGCCGUUUGGAGCAUGAAGGUAGUACUGAACGAAGAGGAUGAUUUUCUUACACAUGUUUUAAUAGUAAAUGGAAAGUGUGAACGGUUUAAGUUAAAAACUCUAUCUGAGGACCAAUUUAAAUCAUUGAUAUUUAUCUGUAGUUUACAACCUGAAAAGUUUGCUGAUAUUCGUAUCUGGCUGUUACAUCGCCAUGAUCAGAACCCAACUUUGGUACUCAAGAAAGUUGCUGAUGAAUUAUCGAUGAUCAACAAACCUCAAACACGAUACCAAUCUUAUUCAUUCUCUGGUCAACAUAGGUUUGACGUUCUAGCAGUCAAAAGGAAAGUCCGUCCUGAUUCCAAGAACCAAACAUACUCAUCAUUACACUAAAAACAUCAAAAGAGGAGUCUAAAGUCGUCUCCCAUCAAGGUGUU